UGUAACCUGGAACAAAGAGUUAAUUUUCGCAAAUAAAAGUCAAUAAUAUAAGAUUAGAAAGUGUAAUUCUGUUAACAAUCGAAAUUAAUUUGCUUUAUAAUUAUAAAUGAUUGCAUUAUAAUCUUAGCAUUCAUACAAUUACUUUGUGAUCAAAUAUAAUAUGAAAUAUAAUGAAUUAAUAUAAUGUCAUUUUUGCGCAUUAUGUUUAUAAAACAAUAUAAAAUAAGAUUUUGAAUAUUCAAAAUAAAAAUAAUAAAGAUAAGUUUUUAAUUAUGGAAUCAAAUGAAGAAAAAAAGCUUUCAUUACAAGAACAAGACUCGACCAAAUUGUUGAGUAUCAAUUCCAAAUUAUAUGCUGAACCAGAAAGCCACUUACAAAGUCUUGGUUUUAUUAUAAACAAUGGAAAAGCUAGAUUUAAAUUAGAUGAGGAAGCAUCUUUGUAUUCUAAAGCAGCAAUAUCAAAUUUUUGUGAUGUUGAUUCAGAUGAUUCGUUGUCAUUUGUGGUAUUGGGUAAAGAUUCGUUAAAUUCUAUCCAACAAUCAUCACUUGCAUCAUAUGUUGAUAUUCAACAAAAGUGUAUGUCUAUUGACUAUAAUUCUAUGAUUGCAUCAUGGGAUACAGCAGAAGUACAUCAAAAAUUAAACGAAUUAUUGCAAGAAAACACAAAAUUAAAAGAAACAUUGAAACAGAACAAUAUAGCAAUGAAACAACAAUUUAAUGUUUUAGCUACUUGGCAAGAAGAAAUUAUGAGAGUACAUCAAAAUCAUAAAAAAAAGUUUGCUGAGACUAGAGAAUUAAUAAACUAUCUUAAAAAGGAAAAUACUGAAUUAAAAAUGAAACUUGCUUCUGGAUUAACCAGUUAUAUAGAAACAGGAUGUGAGUUUCUUGAUAUAAGUGAAAGACAAGGUGAUACAAAAGAAAAAAAAAUAUCUAGUUUUGAAAGUGAAUUUAGUAAGUCGGUUCUUCAUGAAUUGGAAUCAAUGUUGAAUGAAAAUAGUGACAAAAGUAUGUUAUCAUCAAAAACUGCAACUUCUACUCAAAAAAUUUCAGAGUUAGAUGAACAAAAUGAUGAUAAUAAACGAUUAUUGGAAAGAGAAAGAAUUGCAUUUAAUAAGGAAAAAGAAAUGCUUGAAGAAGAAAAAAAAUUACUUGAUAAUCGAAAAAAGAAUCUUGAUAUAGAAUAUAAAAAUUUAAAUGAUGCUAAAGCACUUCUACAACAAGAAAGAAUAGGUCUGCAAGAAGAACAAACUUCUUUAGAUCAACAGAGUCAAUUAUAUGAAAUGCAUUAUAAAAAGACAUUAGAAACAGAAAAAAAGAAAUUUGAAGUAAAAUAUGAUCAAUUAAUUGCUGAACUUGGUAUCAUGCAUCAAAGUGUGGAAAAAAAAGAAUCACGUAUGAAAAAACUAGAGAAUGACUUAGCACAAUAUAAGGAAGAUAUUAAUUUAUUACAAACACAGUUAAAAUUUUAUGAAGAGGAUUUUAGACAUGAGAGAAAAGUUAAAGAAACACUAUUAGAAGAGAAAAAUGCACUGAAUGCAGAUUUACAAAAACAGAUAGAAUUUAAUGAUCAAUUGCAAAAACAAAUUAACUCUCUGUAUCCGAUUGUAUCCGGAAAUCAAAGUAGAACAACUGAACUACAACCACCGUUAUUAUCAUCAUUUUCAUGUCCAAAAUGUGAGUGCACAUUUAGAAACAUGAGUCAGUUGGAAAAUCAUAUUACUCAUUGUAUAAGUUUAGACUAAUAUAAAAUCUUAAAAUAUUUUGUUAAUUAUAUGUAUAAUUGUAGAAAUUAUAUGUGUUGUUAAUAUACAUAAAACUGUUUCCAAAAACAUAUAAAUUUUAUUGUAAUAAUAUUGUAAAUAAGA